UCGACGCGAAUCGAUCGUCCUUCUCUCUACGCACGUACAUGUACAUAUACGUACGCACGGGUGUGCGAUUGGCCGCGUGUUCCGCCGAUUACCAACUUCUCGUUUUACCGACCCAAUAUAUCGUUUUGCGCCCAUUGGAAUUCGGACCGCGCGUUCCCGGUGACGUCAUCGUCAGGAUGGCCCGAUGAACUAGUUUCGCCGCGCGACUCUGUCCGCGACUUGUUUUUUCCUCGCCCCCCUCCUCCCUCUCCGUCUCCGAAGAAGGAAAUCGUGACGCGAGCGAUCGCCAAGUGUCACGGUCACGGGCACUCGACGGAGAAACUCAAGGAGGAGAUUGGCGAGUCGGGACGCGCAAUGUCGUAUCAUCGCAGCGGGCAGACGGGCGCCGUAGCGGUGUCGUACAGCACGAGUCCAAUGCCGCAUUCGCCCAACCGGAGAUACUCGAGCGGGACCGGUAGCGGCGGUACCGCCUCGUCCGGCAUCGGCGGCGCGACGUCCAAGUUCAAUACCUACCGGUCCUCCGUUGCCGGGACCUCCUCGCUCCUCGACCGACCCACCACCAGCUUCUACUCGCCGUCCUCGGCGGGUCUGCACUCCAGCUACAUCUCCUCGGAGUACAGGCGAUCCUAUUGCCCCCCGUCAAGCUUCUAUUCGUCGGCUUCUAUCGGCACGAGCAUCCGCAGGAACUAUUCGUCGGAGUACAGUCGGUCCAACUGCUCACCUGCAAGAUCAGUCUCAUCGUCGUCCUACGGCGAAACGGGUGGCGGUGUUGCGACGAGCACCGUCAACGGCACCAGCAGCGGCAGAUACUCUUCGACCUCAUCGUCCUCGAGAGAGCGCAAGAUCGACAACGUCGAUGCGGCCGCGGAUAUUAUCAGCAGGUACUCGCCAUCCAGUUACGUGCCGAAUAUUCAACGUCAGCAACAAGCGAGUAGCGGCAGCGCGCAUCACUGGAGGCAUCGUUCGACGUCGUCGUCUCUAAACGAGUUGUUUGGCGGCGACGAGCGCGAAGCGGAGCGCAGAGAUCUACGUCCAGAGUCUUCGCUCUCCUCGUCGUCCUCCUCCUCGUCGGCCGCCGUCGCCUCCACUACCGGCGCGGUCGGUGGCCUAUGGUCAAAAUCUACAAACAAGAGAAGACCGAUACCUACAAACAGCACGGUGCUCACCAUAGCUGCCGGGCAUGCACGCGCGGACAGCGCCGCGUCUCUUGCCGAGGUAACAAACAUUGUCGACGACGAUCAUAUUACGCGUAAGCUAAACGACGACGACGACGACGACGACGACGCUAACGACGACGACGACCACGACGACGGUACCAAAGACAUUAACGACGAUCGGCACAACAACAACGGCAACCUUGGCAACACCCGGCAGGAUAGCAACGACGAGGAUAUCGCGUGCGGAUACGGCGUAAACAACAACGACAACGACGACAACGACGAGGACGGGGACAACGACGACGAUAACAACGACGACGAUAAUCUCAACAAUCAUCGCUUCCAUCAACAGCGCCACCACCGAUCGGACGAGGUCUCGCCCGCUAAGCAUAAUCUUCUUUCUCCCGCCACCCCCGCUGGUGGUAGUGGUAGUGGUUUGAUUAGUGAUGUUAGUAGCCUUGACCUGUUAACUAACCACGCGACUAAUACUCGUAACGAACUGCUGAUCAAUAACAACGCUCGGAACAAGGUGACACAAGGGGAGGAAGAAGGCGAGAUCGCGACGAGCAACAAGGUAACGCGCGGCGCCGACGAUAUUCCGUCGAUCGUCACGUUUCUGCAAAAUAAUUGCAUCAACGACCGAGAUAUUUCCGAAGAUGGCGAGAAGGAAAGGAACGAUGGCUCGGAUGCUUUUGGCGGAGCGCCGCCGAUAGACAGCGUAGCCGGCAGACCGUCCGUUACGCACGGCGACGAUCCGUCCGUUCCUUCGACGUCGAGGAGAACCGAUCAGUCUGCUCUCUUCUCCAAUACCGGCCACCAGACAUCGUCCCCGACAAAUCCAUCCACGGCGCAUCAGAGUAUUUAUCGCAGUGUCAACGAGCAAUACGAAGGAAAUCCGACAAAUAGAUCAACACGUAAUCGUCUGCAAAUUUCGCGCGAUGAACGAUGUGGUCUAAACGGCUUACGGAAUAUUGGAAAUACAUGUUUCAUGAACAGCGUGAUUCAGUGCUUGAGCAACACGAGACCUCUGUUGGAGUAUUUGCUGAACGAACAAUAUCUGGCCGACAUAAAUACUACCACGUCGAGCAUGAAAGGCGCUCUGAUCAAAGCUUUCAGCCAAGUGAUCCACGAAUUGUGGGAGGUGGGCGGUGAUCACGUGGUAAACACGACCGCGCUCAAGUCUCAGAUACAGAGAUUCGCGCCACGUUUUAUGGGUUAUAGUCAACAGGAUGCUCAGGAAUUUCUCAGAUACUUGUUGGAGGGUUUGCACGAAGAUGUCAACAGAGUCACCACAAAGCUACCACCCAUACACGGAGAUAUACCCGAUAGUUAUACGGAUAUGCAAAAAGCGGUCGAGAGUUGGAAACGUUAUCUUCGCAGCGAAGACAGUAUGAUAGUCGAUGUUUUCGUCGGGCAAUUACGUUCGUCUUUACAUUGCACCUCUUGCGAUCACGUGUCGGUCACUCUCGACCCGUUCUGGGAUUUAAGUUUGCCAAUACCAGGCAGGAGUGGUACGGUGAAGCUGAGUCAAUGCUUGGAGCAUUUCACUCGAGAGGAGGUGUUGGACGGCGACGAAAAACCAACAUGCUCCAAAUGUCAAAUGAGAAGAAAGUGUACCAAGAGCUUCAGCAUACAGAAAUUCCCGAAAAUUUUGGUAAUUCAUUUAAAACGUUUCUCUCCGAUGGAACGUUUCCGCGGCAAGCUGAACGUGAUGGUGGACUUUCCGUUGACGGGUUUAGAUCUCAGUGCCUUUGCCGCCCCGAGAGUUCCGGGCUGUACAUACAAUCUGUAUGGAGUAGCGAAUCAUUCGGGUACGACGUACUCUGGUCAUUAUACCGCGUACUGUAAGCAUCCGUACUCGGGAGAAUGGCACGAGUAUAACGACAGCCGAGUGUCUGUCGUGUCGUCACGAUCGGUCGUUUCCAGUGAAGCCUAUGUACUGUUUUACGAACAACAGCCUCAUAGUUCUCACUUGUAACCUUACGCCACGUUAGAGAGCUAAACACAACCAUCUUGCCUCUCUCGAUACCUCAACUCAGCCUCAACAGCCUAGUAAAGAAACUCUGUCUUGCGAUAUAUCGAAAAGCGACUAAACAUUGAAACGGAAGCUCGGGCAGGUCGCGAUCGACCUUGUUGGCGAUGAGAGAAUCGCGUCUCUUCCUGCGAUACGUUUCUGGGUAUAACACACGGUACAAUGUCCCUUUAUAUGAAGAUGCAAGAUUAUGGGAUCGAUAAUUGGAUAUAUAAUUAAUGAUUAUACAUACUUUAUACGCACUUGACACGGGAAAUGAUUUCCGCAUAUCAAGUUUAAUCCGUAUGAAAUUAUUUAUUUCUUUUUUACUAGCAAAGACUAUGUUUUGCGAGAUAAUUUACAUUGCAAUCAUGUUUGUGAGAUAGGGCGAUACGUUUUUAUUUAUUAUUUUAAUCGCACGCGCAGGACUAUAAUAAAGCACUGUUUCGAUUGUUUGGAAGAGAAUAAAGAGGUACAACGAUACAAGUCGCCAAAGAUUGUACACACACA